ACCAUCGUGUUUUAGUUGUAAGCAAAGAUGGAUGCCUGUUAUAGACUCUUCAGCAAUGACUAGUUUUGUAACUAACUAAAGUAUUAAGAGGUAGACUUGAGAAUACCAUGUGGCGGAGCAGGGGAACGGAAGCUACCGUCCCGAAUAAGCACCACGAGAGUUUGAGAAUGGGAGUUGUCGUUGCCGGAGAAGAGUUGCGAGAUUGGAGGUGCCGUCACCGGAUUUUUUUUUUAGAGAACAACAGUAUCUUAGAUCUAGGGAUUUGGAUUUUAGGGAAGAGGGGUUUCGGCAGAAGUUGUCAUCAAUUAUGGUUAAUUUUCUUGUGGAGGGUAACAAGCUAAUACAGAGUUGUAAAGAAGGUGUGAUUUUUAGAACUUUGAAGCUCCUCUUUUGGGGAUUUCCGUUACAGGGUUAGUUUUUUGUUUUCCAUUUUCUCGUCUUUUAUCAUUUCUUACUGAUAUUAGAGAUUCAUUAAGAACAACAUUAGCAAUCAACUAUCUUGAGCAAUAUUUUUUGUGAUAGUGACUUUGUACAGUUUUGUUGUGAAAGGGGGUAGGGGGAUGUUUCUCAUUCUUCCUGACAAACAAGCAUAUAAGGGUUUGAUGUGAAAUUGUUAAGGGUGUGUAGUGGAAUUCUGUCGGUAAUUUUCUUUAUUGAUUUUGUUAACGCUGAGCAAAUGAUUCAAUUCUUAUGGCUUCAUUUAUGCUGUGGUUCAAUUUACUCUUGGCAGAUGAUAGCUCUUGGUAGUGGCUAUAUUGGAGAUCUUUCUAAAAGAUGCAGCAAGAAAAGCCUCUGGAAAGGAAAUCAGGUUGGAGACUGGGUGACUCGUUUAUCUCUUCAAGGGCAAUGUCCUUCAUAUUAGGCACGUAGGCCUCCUAAUAUUUUGUUUUCUUUGCUAAUUCGGAAUGGUAGUGUACUUGAUGGAAAUUAUACUUAAAUACUGUAUAUAAUUUCCAAUUUCUCAAAAAAAAAAAAAAAAGCCCAACAACAUAGGCAUGAUAUUCUAAUAUUAAAUUAUGAUAUUGACC